AUGGGGAAGUAUAGAAAACGGUUCAAUGAGAAAGCUAGAUCAGGAAUGCUUGCUAAGCAAGCGGCAUUAAAGAGGGCUAGAAAUAAGCAAUUUUUCACACAACAACGAGAAGAAGAAAAAGAAGAAGAAGAAGGAGAUGAUACUCGUUUGGAUACUUUGUCGCAGGCUGAUAAAGAAGACCCUAAUGCUGAAAUUUUACAAGUUAUACCAGAAGAUGAGCGCCUUAGAAGAAAACGAGCGAUGGAAGAGAGACUUUUUUCCCCAAAUGACAAGGAGGUUAAGCUAUCAAGGGCAAAGAAGAAAAGGUUGGACAAGUACAUAGACCACCAACUUAAAAGAGAAGAGAGAAAACUAUUAUUGGAGAAACUUGCUGAAACAAAGAUGGAUACCUCAAACUUAUCUGCACUAAAAGACUUGGGGAAGGGAAAAUUGACUAGAAGGGAGGAAAUGGAAGAAGCAUUGAGUCUAGAGAAACAAGGCAGGGCUGAUGAACACACUCAAGAAGUAUUAUACGAGCCUAGAGAAGUGAAAGAAUAUUCCGCAGAUGAAAGCGAGCAAGAUGAUGAUAUUAAUAACAAGAAAGAACAUGAAAUCAACCUGACAACAACAUCAACCUUUAUUGACAAUAGGCCCUCGAAGUUUGGGGGUUCUGGUAUUGGAUUUGGAUUUCGAAACAUCUCCCUCGUCAAAAGAGAACAACCCAUUUCUAAGAAGAAAUAUGGUUGGAGAAAGCGACUAGAGCUUGAAGAGAAAAAGCACCGAAUGCAGGAGGAUUUGGAUGACUUUGUUAGUUCUUCUGAUGAACAAUUGGUAAGCGAUGAGAAAAGCAAUGAUGAUGACGAAGAAGACGAAGAAGACGAAGAAGAAGAAGAAGAAGACGAAGAACAAGAACAAGAAGAAGACGAAGAACAAGAAGAAGACGAAGAAGAAGAAGAACAAGAAGAAGAACAAGAACAAGAUAAUGAGAGCAUUACUGGAGAGUUACAAGCAGACAAAAGUUUGACAAAUAAACCCAAAAUGUCUGAAACUGAGAAACUGGAAAAUGGAUCUUCAGUUGAUGAAGAAGAAGAAAGUAUUGAGGAUGAAAGUGAGGAUGAUAAUACCUCCUUAGACGACGAGGACGAGGAGGAUGAAGAGAAUGAACCAAGACUUAUGAGCAACAAACCAAAACACUCGAGUGUUGCAAGUUCAUUCAAGGAAUGGGCUGAGGAGCAGUUGAAACGUGCUGAAGGGAGGGAAAAUGUGCCCCUUAGAGCGGAAAUAUCUGAUGACAUAAAAAAGAAAUACUCAAAGCCAACAUUUCAUAGUGAAGACUUUGAUCAUCCAUCCGAUGAGGAAGAUUAUAUACCAAUUGAUGAAAAUUUGAAACGUGAUGCUUUUGUGGUGGAUGUACAAAGACCAGACAAUGUCCAAGAGCAGCGCAUUGCAUUACCCGUCUUUGCUGAGGAACAUAGGAUCAUGGAGGCUAUUUAUCACCACGAUUGCAUUAUACUAUGCGGGGAAACAGGAUCUGGUAAAACAACUCAAGUUCCGCAGUUUUUGUAUGAGGCUGGAUUUGGCAACUUGAAGCAUACCCUACAUCCAGGUAUGAUUGGGGUGACCCAACCUAGGCGAGUUGCCGCAGUUUCUAUGGCAAAAAGAGUUCAAAAUGAGUUGGGUGAUCAUGGAAGCAAAGUAGGAUAUCAAAUUAGAUUCGAUUCUACCAUCAAGAACGAAGGUACAGAGAAGGGCACAGCCUUGAAGUUUAUGACAGAUGGUGUAUUGCUCAGGGAGAUGAUGUCAGACUUUUUGUUGACAAAGUAUUCAGUUAUCAUUAUUGACGAAGCACACGAAAGGAACAUCAACACGGAUAUUUUGAUUGGGAUGUUGACCAGGGUUGUCAAAUUGCGAAGAAAAUACUAUACCCAGGAUACAGAGAAGGCCAAACCUUUGAAAUUGGUGAUCAUGUCAGCCACAUUGAGAGUCUCUGAUUUUGCAGAGAACCUGGCACUAUUUCAAAAAGCACCUCCAAUAAUAAACGUUCUGGCCAGGCAACAUCCUGUGUCAAUCCAUUUCAACAAGAAAACACAAUUCAACUACAUGGAGGAAGCUUUUAGAAAAGCUUGCAAAAUACAUCGUAAACUUCCACCAGGAGGUAUCUUGAUAUUUUUAACAGGUCAGUCCGAAAUUUCUGCCUUGGUGAAAAAGCUACGCGACGAAUUCUCGCUGAAAAGUAGUAUACCAAAUGGCCAAGAUGACACUGAUACUACAAAGAUGCGUUUGUCAGAGAACGUACAACAAGAAGCUGAAGAUUUUGAAUUUAGUGUUGAAGAAAACACGAGGGAAUCUUAUGAGGAAUAUGACGACUACGACAACGAAAAAGAGGAGGAGGAGGAGGAGGAGGAGGAAGAAGAAGAGGAAGGUUUUGAUGAAGUUCAAGAGACAAAGCUUGGGGAGGGGGAGGAGCCUAUUGUUGGCCCACUCCAUGUUUUGCCGUUGUAUUCCUUAUUACCUACCAAACAACAAAUGAAAGUUUUUGACACUCCACCAAAAAAUAGUAGGUUAUGUAUUGUUUCAACAAAUGUUGCCGAGACUUCUUUAACAAUCCCAGGGAUACGUUAUGUUAUUGACUGUGGUCGAGCAAAAGAACGAAAGUACAACAAAGAAAAUGGGGUGCAGUCGUUUGAAGUUGACUGGAUUUCGAAAGCCUCUGCUAAUCAACGAGCUGGAAGAGCUGGAAGAACUGGUCCAGGACAUUGUUAUCGUCUAUAUUCUUCUGCUGUCUUUGAGGAAUUUUUCCCACAAUUCAGUGUUCCUGAGAUAUUACGAACUCCAUUUGAGAGUGUCGUGUUGAGCAUGAAGUCUUUAGGAAUUGACCAAAUAACCAAUUUCCCUUUCCCCACGCCUCCCGAUAGAGCUGCACUUGAUAAAGCAGAACGGCUACUUGUUAUGCUUGGCGCUCUUGAUAGCAAGCAGAAGCAGAUCACGGAUCUAGGAAAGAAGAUGGCUUCAUUUCCUUUGAGUCCAAGAUUUGCUAGAAUUCUUAUUACGGCAAACCAGCAAGAAUGCUUAAAUUACGUGAUUGCCAUAGUUUCGGCUUUGUCUGUUGGAGACCCGCUUUUAUCAGAAAAUGAGAUAAUGGCGAAUAGAACCGAAGAGGAAUGCAAGGAAUUGCGGAGUAAAUUUUUCAAUUCCAGAGCGAUUCUUUCCAAGUUGGAUGCCUCCAGUGAGUGCAUAAUGUUAUUAUCAACAGUUUGUGCUUUAGAUCAUGUUCCUCAAGGAAAGCUGCAGGAGUAUAUGGAAUCAAAUUUUUUGCGACCCAAAGUUAUGGAAGAGAUUCAGAAAUUGAGGAAACAGCUUAGCGUUAUUGUUCAGCUGUAUUUGAUGCCAGGAACUGAUUUGUCGUUGUUAACUCGAAACAAGGGGGCAUUAGCAGUGCCUUCCAAAAAACAGAUUGAUGCAAUCAAACAGAUGAUUGCAUCCGGAUUUAUAGACCAAGUUGCCAUACGAGGCGAUUUGGUUUCAGUUGAUGCCAAAGUCAGUAACAAAACACGAGUCACAAAUAUACCAUAUUGUCCAGUUUUCCCAUUGGACCAAGAUCCUUUUGUCUACAUACAUGCAAACUCAUUAAUGGCUAGGUCAAGAAGUAUGCCCAGUCCCUAUAUUGUUUUUUUGAAUCUUAGCAUGAAAAAACCUGAUGAAGAUCAAAAGACGAGGAUCCGAAUGAGGCCAUUAGUGGAUAUCAGCGGUGAACAACUUGAAAACGUUGCCAAAAAUUCGGUAUUAGUUUCUUACUCGAAGCCAUUGGGUCAUCCCUAUGCACCAAAGAGUUUGUCUGUUACUAGAAGAGAGUGCUACGUUGUGCCAAGGUUCGGCGCUGCAGUAGGUACGGGCGGUAUAGGUUGGGACUUGCCUGCUAUUAAAGUGAUUCAGGAAAAAAAGCAUGGUAAAUGGAUUAAUGUUGAAUAG